GAACGUGGAGCGGAGGGAUGUGGGGCUUUGGGGGAGGCAGGAUCUUCGGGAUCUUCUCUGCUCCCGUCCUGGUGGCCGUGGUCUGCUGCGCCCAGAGUGUGAACGAUCCCGGCAACAUGUCCUUCGUGAAAGAAACUGUGGAUAAAUUGUUGAAGGGCUACGACAUCCGCCUCCGGCCGGAUUUCGGAGGUCCGCCCGUCUGCGUGGGGAUGAACAUCGACAUCGCCAGCAUCGACAUGGUUUCCGAAGUCAACAUGGAUUACACUUUGACUAUGUACUUUCAACAGUACUGGAGAGAUAAGAGGCUGGCUUAUGCUGGCAUCCCUCUCAACCUCACGCUUGAUAACCGAGUGGCAGAUCAGCUUUGGGUGCCUGACACUUACUUCUUAAACGACAAGAAAUCAUUUGUGCACGGCGUUACUGUGAAGAAUCGGAUGAUUCGCCUUCACCCGGACGGAACGGUGCUGUACGGCCUCAGAAUCACAACCACUGCAGCAUGUAUGAUGGACUUGAGAAGAUACCCAUUAGAUGAACAAAACUGUACUCUGGAAAUAGAAAGCUAUGGCUACACAACUGAUGACAUAGAGUUCUACUGGAGAGGUGGAGAUAAUGCAGUCACUGGCGUGGAGAGGAUUGAACUUCCUCAGUUCUCCAUCGUGGAAUACAGACUGGUGUCAAAGAAUGUCGUCUUUGCCACAGGUGCCUAUCCAAGACUUUCACUGAGCUUCAGGUUGAAGAGAAAUAUUGGCUACUUUAUUCUUCAAACCUAUAUGCCCUCCAUACUGAUUACCAUUUUAUCAUGGGUGUCAUUCUGGAUCAAUUAUGAUGCAUCAGCAGCCAGAGUUGCCCUUGGAAUUACGACUGUGCUGACAAUGACAACAAUCAACACUCACCUGCGAGAGACUUUGCCUAAAAUUCCAUAUGUUAAAGCCAUUGACAUGUAUCUCAUGGGCUGCUUUGUGUUUGUCUUCUUGGCCUUACUCGAAUACGCCUUUGUCAACUACAUUUUCUUUGGAAAAGGCCCUCAAAGGCAGAAGAAACUUGCAGAAAAAACAUCAAAGGCAAACAACGAUCGCUCAAGGUUUGAAGGCAAUCGGGUGGACACCCAUGGAAACAUUCUGCUAACAUCGCUUGAAAUUCACAACGAGGUGGCAAGCAACGAGGUCACCACCAGCGUUACAGAAGCCCGAAAUUCAACCAUAUCCUUUGACAACUCAGGAAUCCAGUACAGAAAACAAAGCUCACAUCGUGAAAGCCUUGGAAGGCGCUCAUCAGAAAGAACAGGCUCCCAUAGCAAGAGGGGCCAUUUACGAAGAAGGUCUUCACAACUGAAAAUAAAAAUCCCCGAUCUAACAGAUGUGAAUGCCAUCGACAGAUGGUCAAGAAUGGUGUUUCCAUUCACAUUUUCUCUUUUCAAUUUAAUUUACUGGCUAUAUUAUGUUAACUGAGUGACUUAGUUUUUUUAAAGGACUUCAACUAUACCAAGUGAAGUACUACUUGC